AUGGCUUCCUUCAAAAGAAUGAGUUUGCUCUGUUUGCUCUUUCUAGUAGUGUUUGAGCCGAGAAUGAGUUUGGCCGAUUCAGGAUUUGUUCAGACGAAGGGUACGCAAUUUGUUUUGGAUGAUUCCUCAUUUAUUUUCAACGGCUUCAAUGCUUAUUGGAUGAUGCACGUUGCAUCACAACCGAACCAAAGGGACAAAGUGUGUAAUGUAUUUCGAGAGGCUUCAGCUGCCGGUUUAACUGUGUGCCGAACAUGGGCGUUUAGUGAUGGAGGAGACCAAGCUCUUCAGAUAUCACCCGGCGCACUUGAUUUUGUGGUCUCCGAAGCUGCUAAGAACAAGAUUCGUCUUAUUUUAAGUUUGAGCAACAAUUACCAAGAUUUUGGAGGGAGGGCUCAAUACGUGAGUUGGGCGAAAAGUGCUGGAGCCCAAACGAGCAGUGAUGACGAUUUCUAUACCAACGAGGUUGUGAAGGAUUACUACAAAAAACAUGUUGAGAGAGUACUUAACAGAAUCAACACGAUUACUGGAGUUGCUUAUAAAGAUGAUCCCACCAUCAUGGCUUGGGAACUCAUAAACGAGCCUCGUUGCCAGGCGGACUACUCAGGGGACACUGUUAAUGCUUGGGUACAAGAAAUGGCCUCACACGUCAAAUCCAUCGACAGUAAACAUCUUCUAGAAGUAGGCAUGGAAGGUUUCUACGGAGACUCUUUCCCGGACAGAAAGCAGUACAAUCCAGGCUAUCAAGUCGGCACAGAUUUUAUCACCACCAAUCUUAUACAAGAGAUUGAUUUCACAACAAUCCAUGCAUACCCUGAUGCCUGUGGAAUUAAACUGUUACCGUCAGAAGACGAUGAUGCGCAGAUGGUUUUCAUGAGACGGUGGAUGACGAGUCACUGGCGAGACUCAAAGACCCUUUUAAGAAAACCGAUGGUUUUCACCGAAUUCGGAAAGUCGAGCAAAGAUAAAGGAUUCAGCGUGGCAUCAAGAGACUCGUACAUGAACGCGGUUUAUGGAAGCCUUUAUAGUUUCGCACGAGGAGGAGGGAUCGGUGGAGGAUUGGUGUGGCAGAUUCUGGAUGAGGGAAUGGAAUCUUAUUCAGAUGGCUACGAGAUUGUUCUGUCUGAGAGUCCAUCAACGAGCUCGAUUAUCAGCCAGCAGUCAAGGCAGAUGACUGCUCUGCAACACAUGAUGAGCAGACCAUGAUGAAUAACUUCUGUUCUGAAAAUGAAAUUAUCGUCCUUCUUUAUCAAAAUAUAGAGAUGAUAGCAGUAUUAUCGACCUGAUGGAGUUAUAUACGUUUUUAUAAGUAGUAGAAAACGGUUGUCAUGUGAUGGCUGUUCUUGUAACUUCACUUGUGGCAUUUUUCUGCAAGCUAAUGUUGUGUUUGGUGAAGUUUGAAAUGAGAAUUUGCAAUUCGUGUGACCUUUGUUUUUUAUUGUUUGUUUCAAGUACAUGAACUCGGAUUCAUACGGAGCAUUAACACAUGUAGAGUAUCUUACGAGGAAGUAAAAAUUAGGCUCCUCUUAAGCCACUUCGUGGAAUUGGAUGAUG